UCGGGGUUGCUCUCUCUCGCUCCCGGUCUCGUCUUCUCGGGCGAGUUCGCCCGCCGCCCGCGCCGAUCUUGAUCCUGCUGUUUCCGCUGCAUCCUCACCGGGUUCAUUCAAGUAUCUGAAGGCGCGACUAUCUGGAGAUUUGCAAAUAUGGGUUGGGGGAUAUCCCGGUUGAUUGGACUGAAAGCAGCUGUAUUUCUCUCAGCGGCUUAUUUCCUGCAUAGAUUGGACAUGACAGUGCUUUCUUUUCCCCUUAUAUAUGCCUCUGUGAUUGCGUUGCUUGUUUCCAUUGCUUCACAUCCAUCAAUUGACCUUCCUUUGCUCCUGGGCAAGGGGUCGAAUGGAAGCUUUCCGAUGUGGUCAUGGAUCCUAUUCUCACCUUUUCUUCUUUUCAUCCAUCUAUUUGUUCUGUUACGGAGAUUUGUGAAAAAUGAGCCCUUGUACACUGAGAUUGCUGAUGGAGUUUAUGUUGGAGGGUGGCCUUCUUCAAUUGAGUGCCUGCCCCCUGGUGAACCUGCAGUUAUAGACUGUACGUGCGAGCUUCCAAGAAGCUCUACAAUAUCCGAGAAUUCAUAUUUGUGCGUUGCUACCUGGGAUACAAGGGCACCUCAACCAUCGCAGAUUGAGUCUGCUGUGCGAUGGGCACUAAGAAAGCGGUCACAGAACAAAGCUGUAUAUGUCCACUGUGCCUAUGGCCACGGUAGAAGCGUCUGUGUGAUGUGUGCACUUCUUGUUGCAUUGGGAUUAGCUGAGGAUUGGAAAGCUGCUGAGCAAAUGAUUCGUGAGAAGCGACCUUCUAUUAGCAUGAAUUCGCUUCAUCGUAGAAGUUUAGAGGAAUGGGCAAAACACCUGCUCUCUCCCUCAAAAAGAAGUGGGGAAUCAGAUGUGAGUUCUGUGAUUCUUUCGGAUUAUACCCGAAAAAGGCAUUGAACUCGCAACAAACUAACUUGCUCAGCGGCUAUGAUAAUUGAGAUGAAAUUGCUUCGGCAUUAUCUACCGUUGUCCUAGUCGAAUGUC